AUGAGCAAUGUAGGAAAUAUUAAGGCCACGAGCUACCUAUCAGUUGCAAUCAAAAUUAGUGUGUUUCCACUUUUAAACUAUUUCAAUGCCAGUUCUCUUUUCUGGAACAAUAGGUAUAUCAAAGUCAAAUCAAAAAGUGAUUUCUUGAAAGAUGAUAAACUUCUUAGUUAUUUAAAUGAUUCCCAAAAAGACCAUGAACGUAUCAUUUUCUUUGUAUUUUGUGGUCAAAUGUGGAGUUGUCCUCGUGAAAUAGGAGCAACUGGAAAUAAGUCAAAAGAGAAAAAGCAGUUAGAGAGAGAAACUCUCAACUCUAGUGAGAGAAACUCCCACUGUCAUAGAUUUAAGUUCACAUGUUACAGUUCAUAUUUAUAUGUAAUAGAUCAAUAUCCACAGGCUAUAGGUUCAAAAGAACUGAUCACAUGCCAUUGGAUUAACAUCACAUUUAAUAAUUUACAGGGUGCUGACAACUAUCAAUUUAUGACAUUAAUCAGGUCUCUACAGCUCUCUAUUUUGCUCGGUAUUUACGAUUUCUUGUUCUUGAGAGUCAUAUUUAGAAUGCAAGUUAAAGAUUCAACAGUAAGCGUGACUUCCGUGUGUGAAAAUCGUGGGAGCGAAGGAUCCAUCGUUUCUCUAAUCCAUUUUUCAGCCAUUCUUGAAACUACACAAAAUAACUGGCAAACAAUCACAAUUCAAAUGAAUUCUUGUGGUGGAAUUACUCCUUGCAUACAAAUCUUGAGACCCAAUAAUGACAUUGUUCCAAAAUGCAAAGCGAUUAUCCCUCGCAGUCGACAGCUGCCUGAUUUCUACAAUAGAACCCAAUUUCCUCUGCAAAUUUCUGCGUCUUUUCCGUUGAAAUAUAGAGAUACUUUAAAUAUUUUAGCAUUUGCGUCUUCCAAUGGCAACUGGGUAGAGGUAGAGGCCGAUAAUCGUAAAGAAUAUGAGAGUGAUGAGUUCAUAGUGGUGAAUUUUUACCGGUUUGUCUGUAUUAAAAACCCAGAAGAGGAGGUCUCUAAACACCUUUCCUUCAUGCAGGGUCGGGGUAUUCAUGGGCGUAUAUACCUGAAUGAACAAGGGAUUAAUGCCCAGUACAGUGGGCCAUCAAAAGAUGCUCUUGCAUAUGUGGAAUGGGUGAGGGAGGAUCCCAGGUUUUCUGAUAUAUUGGUUCAGAUCUUGCCAGCAUCAAAUGGCCAUGCCUUCCCAAGACUGAAGCUGCGAUAUAAGCCAUCACUUGUACAGUUGGAAGGAGGGAUUUCACAUCUUCCUUUGCUUGACCAAUCAAUGCGAGCGACACCCCUUACUCCAUCUCAAUGGAGGAGCAGACUGGAAUCAGUAAAUAAUAACAAUUCAUCAAAUGCAGUCAAUACACACUGCAUUCUACUCGAUGUUAGAAAUGGUUAUGAAUGGGAUGUUGGUCAUUUCCAAGGGGCUCAGCGCCCUGAUGUGGACUGCUUUCGAAGCACUUCUUUCGGCCUAUCAGAGCCUGAGGUCAUGGCUACAGACCCUUUGGCUACUGUCGACAAAGAGAAAACAGAUAUACUGAUGUAUUGCACUGGUGGAAUCCGCUGUGAUGUUUACUCCACUAUACUUAGGCAAAAAGGUUUCAAAAGACUAUAUACUUUGAAAGGAGGUGUUUCUCAUUAUCUCGAGAAUGAAGGUUCUGUUGGAUGGAUUGGAAAUCUGUUUGUUUUUGAUGACCGUCUUUCUCUACCACCUUCUAUCUAUGAGCCGAAAAUUAAUACUGAAGAUAGUAGAAUGCAAGACACAUCCCAGAAUAAUUCUUUUGCUAAAUGCUUCAUAUGUGGCUCACAAGUUUCGGAGUUGAGGCACCGCAACUGUGCAAAUCUUGACUGCAACCUACUUUUCCUAUGCUGCUUGGCGUGUGUGGAUAAUUUGAGAGGAUGUUGCUGCUUGAAGUGCAAAUCUGCGCCUCGUCUUCGACCUGUGUUGCCUAGUGAUCAGAGAUACAAGAAAUGGCACAAUUAUCGUGCCAGUUUGGAGCUCUGCAAGAAUGGUGAAAUGCAUCAAUAUUGGGCAGCUGAAUAACUAGUGGAAUGCCAUUUGUUAAUGAAGAUUUACAUGACUUCAAAGUUCUAAGGACUGGAAUUUUGUUAUGCAGCCUUCAGUCAGGGAAGCAAGUAUAUAUGCAGAAAUUCUUGAAGCUGAAGUCGACAACUUAUGGGUAUGUCUAGCUGCUUAAAUCUUUUAUUUUGACAGUUGGGUCCCCAUGCUUUUGAUAUUGUAACAAUUGGGUCACUAGUGGAAGGUUUCUAUCUUCUUAUGGUUAAAAUGCAAAGUUUUUGGUAAAAUAGAAACACAAUU